AACACCGGCACAUGAUUUCACGGUUUGACGAGUUUUAGUCGCUGGACUUCUACUUAGAAGCUUUAAAAGUCCUGAAAGGAUUUUAUUUUGAAGGUCAGUUAGAACAGGUGUGUCACGCCGCGUUUGGCCGCUGUCUGUCGGCUUCAGCAGGUGUCUGGGUAGCAACGCUGACCUGCAGCACCGUGGACCUAGCUGACAUGGCUGGCGCAGGUGUGUGUUGCGGCAGACUGGAGAAACCCAAGGUGCUGAUGAAGAUGGGUCUCAGCGUGAUCGUUGUCGGCCAUGUUACCUUCAUACUGGGAGCACUGGUGCAUGGUGCCGUGCUGAGAAACACCUAUCAGCACGAGCGGGCCCGGUUCAAGGAUUAUGCCGUGUCUGAUGUGCUCGCUCUCAUCUCUGGGUUCUUGGGUGUCAUUGUUGGCAUCUUGGCUAUCGUCCUGUCAAAACACAAGAAGAGCAAAGGCCUGACAUGGUCUUUAUUCACAUUCAGCCUGUUUUCGUCUCUCGUGGCAGCAGCUUCAACCGUCGGCCUCUUUGUGUCAAUGGUGACGGCUAUCAUUAACGGUGGGUGGAGCCUUCUGACCCACUGCCGCUUUCCUGAUGCUAUUGGCUACUCCAGCAAGACCAACGAGUGUCCCUUUGACCCUACCCGCGUCUACUCUACCACUCUGAUUCUUUGGGGACCUCUGAUCGUGAUGUGUUUUAUUCAGCUGGUGUUUUCUGCUCGUUGCUUUGCUGCCUGUGUUUCCUUCCUGGGAUUGCCUUGUAGUCGCACUAAGAAGAGGCACUUCACACAAACAAUACAUGUGGUGGGACCAGCAAAGGAAGCCUUUCAACCUCCAAGAAUCCACAAUCAGCCUUCAAAAGUCUAUACUGAACUUUCCAGGAUCCAUAACAACCCGGCUGAACUGUGCAGCGGAGCUCCAAGACAGCUGCCCCGAGCUCCUCCUCGGCAUCACUCUCGGCAGCCCCACAGGUCCCACUCCGAGAGGCAACCACUUCGGCAAACACACCGCGAGAGGUCGCGUGUAGAGCCGAGAGAAAUACGAGCUGGCAGCCGAGGAGAACGGGAGCGAGAACAGCUCCAACCGUUGAGAAGGGCUGCACCAGAGAGGUCCAGCUUUUGGAUUUAGCCGUUACUGUGAUUGAGUUGGAGUCGCAGAAACGUAGCAAACGAUCAAAGCUCUCUCUCUCUCUCGAGAGACGUUAUAUUUGUUGGUAGACUCCUCUAAUGUUCAGACCGUCUGCUCCGUGUCCCUGAUCCUUGUGUGUCUCUCAGGAAAGACAGCUGGGCUGAGGACACAAUGCUAGGUUUUAAUUCACAAGAAGCAGCUGGCUCUUCUUUUUAUGCCAAUAAUUGAACGCAACAUUGCCAUCAUCUUACAGGGCAACGAACAUCAGACGAGGUUUGCAUCUUUCAGAACUAUUGUUGGCUAAAGUUGGCGAAGAACAAAUGAAGGAGCAUUUUUUUCUCUUGUAUAAAAAUAGUUUAAUUUUCUUUUUUACAAAUUGCCACUGGCUUCACUUCAGCUUGUCAGGGACGUUGCUUCGUAAACAGCUUGGCAGUAUUUGUUCGACUAAAGAAAACCACGUCGAAUACCACAACGGCUGAAGCAUCAAACGGUUUGUGUGAAAACUUUUCGUCUACAAAUCAGAUCAGCUGCGUUUCCUGCUUCAGCCAUUUGUUUACACUUGUUUACCAGACCCUGUGAUUCACUUUAGAUACACAGAUAGUGUUAAUUUUCCUGAAGGAAAAUGUUUUUGUUUACAUUUAAAGUUUGCUGAUUUGUGAAGCAGCACUGAUUGUUUUUGUGUUUUCAUAUUUUUUUUCUAGGUUUGAUAAAUUUUUAUCCGAAUCAUC